AUGAAUACAACCAAAAGAAAAUUCAACGCCCUCCUGAAUGGCUUGGGAAGCAAAAAGUCGGAUUCCUCCUUAUCAGCACACGAAGUAAACAAGACUCCCGAAAAACCUCAAAAUGAUACAGAUUCCAACAUGAAGAAGCCACGAAUUUCGUAUUCAUCUUCAAACGCGACUCGACUAUCUUCUUUAACUCGCGCAUCAUCUGCGGCCCCAUCCGAAUUUGAUAGCGCCCGUCAAAGAUUGGCACCCGUUCAUAAACUCUCUGCCACUCCCGUGUCGCCGGCAGAACCUCCAAAAUGGACCCCAUAUGAUCGCGGGGAAUUUCUCAAAAGAUUGAAAUCUUUCUCGAAUCUAACGGACUGGACGCCAAAACCAGCAAAGGUUAAUGAAGUGGAAUGGGCGAAGAGAGGGUGGGUUUGUCAGAAGAAGGAGAGAGUUCGAUGUUGUUUCUGCAAUGUGGAGAUUUUGGUUAAAUUAAAUAAGAAAGAAGAGGAUGGGAAAGAGAAGGAAGUUUAUAUCGCGGAAAACAUUGAAAAUGCGUUGGUCGAUAAAUAUGUUGAACUUAUUGUCGCGUCUCAUGAUGAGAGUUGUCCAUGGAGACAGAGAGGAUGCGAUGAUGUUAUAUUCAAGCUACCCCUCAAUAAACCUGCAGUUACCAUACAAACCCUUCGCGAACGUUACGAUGAACUCCAACAAAGAAUCGAUCACCUACCAUACCUCUCUAAUAUGUCACCUCCUGAAGGCCUCGAUAUUGAUCGCGUUACAAGCUAUCUUCCCCAAGAAUUUCUCCAAUCAUCUCCUGGAUCAGGGCAAAUCAACUCUCCGGACAAUAUCAAUAAAGUGGCUUUAAUGAUGUCUCUUUGUGGUUGGCAAGGUCACAAGCAUGAUCGUCUUGGCCAACAACUCGAAUCUGUCUCAUGCCAAACAUGUUAUCGAAUUCUUGGUCUCUGGAUGUUCAAAAGUAGAUCUAUUUCUGCUACAGGUGUGGAAACCGAGCCAGCUAUUGUUCCUGGUCUCGAUCCUAUCGCCCAACAUCGCGAAUAUUGUCCUUGGCGCAAUCCAGUAUCACAAAAUGGACUUGCCGCUACGCAGAAUCAGAAACUAAGAGCGCUUGCGGGAUGGGAAGUUGUGCUACGAGUGUUGAAGAGUGAGCAUGGAUUGAGAGUUGGUAGAGAAAAGAAUGAAAAGGGCUCAAGGAAAAGUUAUAUUGCACCUGCAACGACCGAGAGUAUCGAUGAAAAUGGUAAUGAUUUAGCACCUGAUUUCGCAGAUGAAGAGGAUGCGAAGAGUAUUAGGGAUGCAAAGGAUAAGGACUUGAUGACGAGAUUGAGAAGGGUUAAGACAUUUAUUGCAUUGAAGAAGCGACCCAGUGGAGACGUCAAAACCAAGAGGUUUAGUGCUACUUGA